AUGGCCGUGUCUGUAGCGAAUUAUCAAAGCGAACAAAACGUACCAAAAUUGAAUUCUUUGGGAUAUGACGAUGAAAGUGUUUCGUUAGCAAAAUGUUUACCUUCACAUCCGCAAAAACCUUCUCGUCUUCCUAUUUUUGAGACAGCAGUGAUACAACAAAAUGGUGUUGGGAAUUCCCAACGUAACGCACCACAAGGACAUGUGCGUAGUAACGCUAAUAUGGGAUCUCAUCAUCAUAGUAUGAAUUGUGGUGACUUUUCAUCUAAUAUGCAGCAACAGCCGCCUUCACAAAAUCGUAAUGGAUGCAAACAGUCUUUCUCACAAAGUCGGUCAGAAAAAAUUCGAAAGAGAGCUUCCAGUUUUAACGAAAAUUUAGGGAAAAAUAAACCAUUGCAAUCAUCGCAAAGUCUCAAUUCUCAGAAAGUCGAUAAACAAACAAUUUCAUUUCAACAAGGGGAAAAAUCUUCUUCAUGUUCUAAAUCUCCUAAAUCAAUACAAGGAUCUGAACAGUCGCCUAUUCAAUCACAAAAGCCGUCACAACACAUAAAAUUGUCUACACCGACAAAUCAACGCCUAGAAUUAGAUUCACCUAAAAGUCAUGAUCAAAAACAUUCUAAUGAAAAUUCACAAUCAACAAAUGAUGAUAUUAAAUCAAAUAUUGCUACCUCUACUGAUAGUGCUGUUGUGUCCAAAUCUCAGAACUCAGCAGGACAACAAUCAUCUAAUCAAUUAUCUUUCAAUCAUACAAAUGACCUCCGGAAGUCUUUUACGAAGCGUUUAAAGAGAGUAUUUAGUCUAAGUAAUAUUAAACAAGAUGAUGUUACUCAACUUAGUUCAUCAACGUCAAAUUCAAGUUCACCUUCACCUCCGAGUGCUUCUGUUGUUAAACCUAAAUUUUCAUCUCUUCGA